AUGGCAGAAAUGUUGCGCCGGGUCAACUUAUUUCGUGCUCAGAAUGGUCUUGCUGCAGUGACUAUCGACUAUCGUCUAGGCAAAGCUGCAUUGCUUCACUCGCAGGAUCAAGCGAGUCACUGCAAUAUGACGCACACAGGCACAGCGAUCGCAAGACUGGGAGAUCGGGUUAGAGCAGAAGGAUACAGAUACUCCACUGCCGCAGAGAAUGUGGCUGCUGGUCAAGCUUCUGUGGAAGACGUCAUGACUUCGUGGUGGAACUCGCCUGGUCACCGCGCCAACAUUCUCAAUGAAGAUGUUGACAAUGUCGGAUUUGCCCUGGCCACGAACGAAGCUUGCGGAAGCUAUAAGACCUACUGGACGCAGGACUUCGGACGAUUGGCGGAGUAA